UGCUGUCUUCUUCAGCCCAUGCUCAUAAAACUGAACUAGUUAUCCUCGUAUCUUAGAAACACAAAAACACUUUCAGUAAACAUAAAAAAUGAUCCGAUUAAGAAACCGUCAAAAUAUGACCCAUGAACCCGUUUCUGGUGGGAUCAAUCCGACCCUUCAACAAGAUGAUUACGAGCUAAAAAACACAAACCCGCAUCUUGGGGGUGAGAGAUUAACAAGUACAUAUGAUCUUGUUGAGCAAACUCACCAUCUUUAUGUUCGAGUUGUAAAGGCUAAAGAACUUUCUUUAGGUGUUGACCCCUAUGUUGAGGUCAAGCUCGGGAACUACAGAGGUCGAACAAGGCACUUUGAAAAGAAAACGAACCCUGAAUGGAACCAAGUGUUUGCGUUUUCAAAAGAGCGUGUUCAAUCAUCUAUUUUAGAAGUUUAUGUGAAAGAUAAGGAGAUGUUUGGGAGAGAUGAAUAUAUUGGGAAAGUAGUUUUUGAUUUAAAUGAGGUUACGACACGUGUCCCACCUGAUAGCCCGUUAGCGGCUCAAUGGUAUAGGUUGGAUGACAGACGUGGACAAGGCGAGAUCAUGCUUGCUGUUUGGAUGGGAACACAAGCUGACGAGGCGUUCCCUGAGGCGUGGCAUUCUGAUGCUUCGUUUGCUCACGGUGAAGGUGUUUUUAAUGUUAGGUCAAAAGUAUAUGUUUCUCCAAAACUUUGGUAUUUAAGAGUAAAUGUAAUAGAAGCUCAAGAUGUUAUAGCGAACGACAGGGGACGUGUUCCAGAAGUUUCAAUGAAAGUUGAAGUCGGGAACCAGGUAGUAAGGACGAAGAUAAGUUCCGUGAGGACGAUGAAUCCUUUAUGGAAUGAGGAUUUCGUGUUUGUUGCUGCAGAGCCAUUUGAAGAACAUUUGGUGUUAACCAUUGAGGAUCGGGUUCAUCAUUCUAGAGACGAGGUUUUGGGGACAUUAAGUCUUCCAUUAACAAUGUUUGAGAAGAGAUUAGACCAUAGGCCCGUUCAUUCUAGAUGGUUCAAUCUCGAGAGGUACGGUGUUGGUGAGAGUAAGUUUUCAAGUAGAGUACACAUUCGUGUUUGUUUAGAAGGUGCGUAUCAUGUUCUAGAUGAAUCGACUUUGUAUAUUAGUGAUACAAGACCGACUGCUAAGCAACUAUGGAAGCAGCCUUGUGGGAUUCUUGAAGUUGGGAUUUUGGGUGCCCAAGGGUUGCUCCCUAUGAAGAUGAAAGAUGGGCGUGGGUCGACUGAUGCUUAUUGUGUGGCUAAGUAUGGACAGAAAUGGGUUCGAACACGGACUAUUCUUGACACCCUUAGCCCAAAGUGGAACGAGCAAUACACUUGGGAAGUUUAUGAUCCGUGUACUGUCAUCACGAUGGGUGUUUUUGAUAAUUGUCACUUGGGAGCUGAGAAACCAGGUACAGGAAGAGAUGCAAGAAUCGGGAAGGUGAGGAUUCGGUUAUCAACUCUUGAAGCUCAUCGAAUAUACACACAUUCGUACCCACUACUGGUCCUUCACCCUUCUGGGGUAAAGAAGAUGGGAGAGCUCCAACUUGCAGUCCGAUUCACCACCUUAUCACUAGCUAACAUGGUCUAUAUCUAUGGCCACCCUUUGUUACCGAAGAUGCAUUAUCUGAACCCGUUAACAGUCAACCAAGUCGACACUUUAAGGUACCAAGCGAUGAAUAUAGUGGCAGUUCGACUAGGUCGGGCUGAACCACCUCUCCGAAAAGAGGUGGUUGAGUACAUGUUAGAUGUUGAUUCUCAUAUUUGGAGCAUGAGAAGAAGCAAAGCAAACUUCUUCCGGAUCAUGUCGUUGCUUUCAGGUUUGUUUUCCGUGAGCAAGUGGUUCAACAAUGUCUGCGAAUGGAGAAACCCGAUCACAACAGUCCUGGUUCAUAUCUUGUUUUUGAUCUUGUUAUGGUAUCCGGAGCUCAUACUUCCCACUAUAUGUCUCUAUAUGUUUCUAAUCGGACUAUGGAACUAUAGGUUCCGGGCCCGACACCCACCUCACAUGGACCCAAAACUCUCAUGGGCUGAGGCGGUUCAUCCCGACGAGCUUGAUGAAGAGUUUGACACUUUCCCUACAUCAAGACAGCCAGACAUAGUUAGAAUGAGGUAUGACCGGAUAAGAAGUAUAGCUGGAAGGAUCCAAACCGUGGUGGGAGAUCUGGCUACACAAGGUGAACGGGUCGGGUCUUUACUUAGCUGGAGAGACCCACGAGCCACUAGUCUCUUUGUUGUUUUCAGCCUCAUCUCAGCAGUGAUUCUUUACGUCACUCCCUUUAGGGUGGUCACGUUAGUUGGGGGAUUGUAUAUGUUACGACACCCUAAGUUCAGAAGCAAGCUGCCUUCGGUUCCUAGCAACUUUUUUAAGCGCCUGCCUGCUAAAUCAGAUAGCUUACUUUAACUCUCAUCAAAUCAAGGAAGAGUCUCUUAAUUAUCUAAUGUUUUCCUCAUUUUGGUUUUAUAGCAUCUUCAAUUCCAAUUUCAAUGUAACCUAAAUAACUAU